AUGGAAGAAUUCGACAAAGGAGAAUACCACGACAAAUUCUCAGAUUUUUAUGUUUAUAUUGACACAAUAGGUAGUGGAAGUUUCGGGAAAGUGGUCCACGCGAUUGAUAAAAGUACAGGAGAAGAAGUAGCGAUAAAAAUAAUUGAAAAACAUAACGUUAAACAAGGCAGGGUCUCUGAAUUAAAACAGGAGGCAGAAAUUUUAUCUUCCUUAAAUCACCCAAAUAUCAUAAAAUUCAAGCACUUAUACUAUUAUUAAUGAACUCGACGCCUUUGAGGGCUUUAGUUUGACCAAUAUACCUAUUAAGAUUUUAAGAAAUUUCAGUGAUUUUUAAGGCAAAAAACUCGUUAUUUAUGCGAAGGCUCUACUAGGUUCGAAAGGUUGAUCUUGCAAAGAAUUAUUUUGGUAUGACCGGGACAUUUUUUAUGAAUCAAACAUUUUGGUAUGUCAGAAAUAAACUAAUUAAAUUUCUGAUAAGAUGGCUGUAUAAUAAUUUUAUCUAGGAGCUGGAUCAUCUUGAAUGCUGUGAAUUCUUUUGAGGGGACUAGGUGAGUGCUCAAUAAUAUAACUCCACCAGGAUUUCUGUAAGUUAUUUCUCAUUUGAAGCUGUUCCUGAGUUUCUUUGGCUUUAAUUCUUCUGUUUCAAUGCUGUGAAAGAUCUCAAGUGCAGAGUCUUCGUUAAAAUGCUGAUUUUCCAUAUUUAUUGGGGGAUAUUUUGUUUUGACAGAAUCAAGGUCUAGAUCAAUCUUUAUGAAGGAAACAAUAUCCUAUUUCGCUUAACAGAUAAAAUUUUAUGACUCUUACAUAUGAUUGAAUUUAAAACGCUGCUUUCCUAAAAUUUUUGAAGAUUAAUAGAAAAUUAAAACUGAUAAGCAAAAAAAUGUCAUUUUCAUUAAAAAAUAAGGAAAAAAUUGACAAAGAUGUAUCUCAAGGCCUUGAUGCGAUAAAGAGCUAACAUUAAAUAGCAAUGCUCUUAUUUAAUAGAGAAAUCAGAUGCUUAGUAUAGAUUUUAGCACUUAUUCAAAAUUGAAUAUAUUAUCACAUUUUACAUUUCAUUGAAAUUGAACAUAUUUAGAAAAAUCUGAGGAAAAAUUGUUCAAGAAUUAUAUCAAAGCCUUGAUGAGAUAAAAGGCUGAAAUUAAAAUACAAUACUCUUAUGCAAAAGAGAAUCCCAACGCGGAGGAUAGAUUUUAGCACUUUCUCUAUUUCAGAUCUAAUUUUAUUAAAGAUUAAAAAUUAAAUUUAUAUAAAAGGCUUCUAAUUAAAUUCAAAUAGCAAAAAUUCAGAUAGAUUGUCAAAUAUUUUAUUUCAUUCGAAGCUUCCAAACUGAUCAAAAUUCAAAAAUUUGAAAAACUCCUGAUUAUCUCUUAAAGAAUCAUAUUUUUAAGUGAAGAAAUUAACUUAAUUAUUUAAUUUAUGAAUCCGCAUAAUAAAAAAGCUUGAAAAUCUAAAAUAAUUUAAAAUCGAAAUCUAAUUUAUCCUUUAUUCGAAGAUGAUCUCCUAUUGCAUAUUCAUAUUUAGAUAUCUCAUAAUAAUAAUCAAAUGGAAGAUUCAGAAAAGUUCUAGGUUUAUUAAUUGGCCUUAACAAUAUAUGAGAUUAACACUCAAAAAUUUCCUGCAGAAAAAACAAACUUCACUUUGUAAAAUUAGUUUGGACAAAUUAAAUUCAUUUCUGACAUACCAAAAUGUUUGAUUCAUAAAAAAUGUCCCGGUCAUACCAAAAUAAUUCUUUGCAAGAUCAACCUUUCGAACCUAGUAGAGCCUUCGCAUAAAUAACGAGUUUUUGCCUUAAAAAUCACUGAAAUUUCUUAAAAUCUUAAUAGGUAUAUUGGUCAAACUAAAGCCCUCAAAGGCGUCGAGUUCAUUAAUAAUAGUAUAAAAGAGACUGAUUUACGACUAUUUAUAGUAAUGGAAAUGAUAUACGGCGGAAACCUCAAGCAAUAUAUACAAAAAAAUCAAAUUAGUGAUCUUCAGGCAUCUCAAAUUAUGAAAGGGAUUUUACAAGCUGUUGUAUAUAUACACGACAAAAAUUUAAUCCAUAGGGAUAUAAAGCCAGAAAAUAUUUUGGUCCCAGAAAACCAAGACUUAAGUGCUGUUAAAAUUAUUGAUUUUGGACUAAGCACUCUAUAUGACUCUCGCUAUAAGCAUUUUAUGGAAAACGAAAAGUGCGGGACUUUGCUGUUUAUGGCUCCAGAGCAGGCUUCUUCGCAAUCGUAUAGCAAAACAGUUGAUAUUUGGAGCUGUGGAAUUUUGCUUUAUAUGAUUUUAAGCAAUAAUUCUCACCCCUUAGCAAAACCAAACGAAAAAGUCUCAACAUAUUUAGAAAAAUUAAAAAGGCCAAAAUGGCAUUUCCACCAAAACUUUUCAAAAGAAGCUAAGUCAUUAUUCUUAAAACUAACAGAAAUGGUCCCACUAGAACGCUAUACAGCUUCUCAAGCUUUAAAUCACCCAUGAAUCCUCCGUUCUGGGAAAGAAAUACCUUUGACUUCUUUCGAAAUCUUCAAGCGGUAUGGAGAAGAAUUAAAAUUAAAAGGAAUUAUAUACUCUAUUCUAUUCUCGUGUAUAGUAAGCAACAAAAACCAUGAAGAAGCCAUUACACAUAAAGCAGAAGACAAAAAAUCUGAAGCAAAAACUCCUGAGGUUUUAAAAAAUCGAUUGAAUUUGCUUAAGGAAGAAUACGAGCUUAAAAGACUUAUGGCAAGUCAGGAUAAGCCAAAAGAAAGCAAGAGAAAAUUUCCUGUGCUGCCACCAUUAAAUCACCCAAAAAUUUAUAAGACUGCAAGACAUCAAACACCUUUACCUGGAAGGGAUUGGACACCUUUUAAUAAAGGAAGCUCCAAAUCUCCAUUGACUGCAGACUCUUCACUUAGGAUGUCUCAGGGUAGUGGAAAUUCCCCAAUUUUCAGCGUAAAGCACUAUAGAAUGCUUACACCUUCACAUAUUAAAAAAAGGCUUGAACGUAAAGUAGCAUCUCCAGCCAGAAAAUAA